GAAAGGCGUUUGUGUGUAUAUCAAAAAAAAACAACCAAAAUGAUCCCCCAUGUGUUGCAUUCCCAACAGCGCCUGGAAAGUCGUUUCUCGAUGAUUCCUCAAAGAGCUCUGCAGGUUUAAUUGGCGGUCUUUUAGCUGCUUCCAUAAUCCUUGCUGGCGUGGUGAUGCUUGUCGUUUGGUUUAUCAUUCGUCGAAGAAGAAAUAAUAGUAUGGAUGCCACUCACGUGGGAAACCAAGUGUAUGGCAUAGAUGAUGCUGCUGACAAAAACGCAUUGAAGAUGGAGAGCCGGUCUGUAAUUAAACCAGAGAUCCGAUACGAAGAGGAAUAUGACUAUGCAACUGGAGCUACAAACCAAUAUACACAGGAUCACAAUCACUUGAAUAUAUAUGCAAAUGACCAAGAUGCGAGUGAUAUACAAUAUGAAACUGCAGGAGAAGUUAAUCAAGUGUAUUCGUUAUCCGAUGGUAUUCCUGCUUAUGCAAACUCUACGGAUGGCCAUGUACCCCCGAAUGACGUAUCGCAACAUUACUCCUUGAAGGAAUCUAUCACCGGUCUUAAACAAACCGACACUCAUGAUGAACCUUCCCCAAGUAAAGACAACCUUCCAGAGGAGGAAUAUAACACCUUUUCAGACAAACAAAAUGACCUACCACCUUCUGAUACAUAUGACCAUGUUCACAAUGUUCCGGAGGGCGAAUAUGACCAUUUCCAAAUGAGAUCAAGUGAUCGGUCAAACUUUACGCAAGACGACGAAAACGGAUAUAUGCAGUCUACAUUUCCGGUGUGAAUAAAACGAUGUUGUAACUGUUGAAUGUUACUGGAUCUGUAUGUGUGUUUCUUCAUAUAUUUGCAAUGUCCAGAUAAAGUAUUUUCUUGUUA